GACGCCCACUCAAAUUCUCGCUCUCGAUCUCCCUCUCUUGCUUCUCUUCUCUUCUCUUCUCUUCUCUGCAGUUCCAAGAAAAUGGCAACCUCUCCGAUGCUCAGAUCGUCGCCCAUUGCGGGUUCGCGAUCGCAAGGCGCGGCCUCGCUUGGGAUGUUUUCUUUUGAAAAGCUCAACCUGCAUAACAGGAGGAUUCAGGAUAACAUGUUGGGAUACUCCAAACAUUUCCAAAAUGGUUCCUCGAUUCAGCUCCAACAUAUCAAGAGGUUGCAACCUGUAAAAGCUUCCUCAACUGAGAUGCCUCAAAAAAUCCAUCGGUCUUCGAGCAGUGGAAAUGUAAGGAUUGGAAUUAAUGGAUUUGGCCGUAUUGGAAGGCUGGUCUUGCGUGUAGCCACAGAGGGCAACAGUGUUGAGGUUGUGGCAGUGAAUGAUCCGUUUAUUGACACCAAAUAUAUGGCAUACAUGCUCAAGUAUGAUUCAACACAUGGGCGGUUCAAUGGUACAGUCAAGGUCUUAGAUGAUUCAACAUUGGAGAUCAAUGGCAAGAAGAUAUUUAUUACUAACAAAAGGGACCCAACAGAGAUACCUUGGGGCAUUCAUGGAGCUGAGUAUGUAGUUGAAUCUUCGGGAGUUUUCACUACAAUUGAAAAGGCCUCCGCACAUCUGAAGACUGGUGCAAAGAAAGUGGUGAUAUCUGCUCCUUCAGCUGAUGCCCCCAUGUUUGUAGUCGGUGUAAAUGAGCAGGCUUACAAACCUGACAUGAAUAUUGUCUCAAAUGCAAGUUGUACGACUAACUGUUUGGCUCCUCUUGCCAAGGUAGUGCAUGAGGAAUUUGGCAUCAUGGAAGGCCUUAUGACUACCGUACAUGCAACAACGGCUACUCAGAAAACCGUAGAUGGUCCUUCAAUGAAGGAUUGGCGAGGAGGUCGUGGGGCUGGGCAAAAUAUCAUCCCAAGUUCCACCGGUGCUGCAAAGGCUGUGGGUAAAGUGCUUCCUCAGCUUAAUGGGAGACUCACUGGCAUGGCCUUUCGUGUUCCUACUCCUAAUGUUUCUGUUGUGGAUCUUACCUGUCGAUUGGAGAGGCCUGCAUCAUAUGAGGAUGUGAAGGCAACAAUAAAGGCUGCUGCUUCAGAAGGUCCCCUCAAAGGAAUUCUUGGAUACACAGAUGAGGAUGUUGUCUCAAAUGAUUUUGUAGGUGACUCAAGGUCAAGCAUCUUUGAUGCAAAGGCAGGCAUUGGAUUAAGUGCCUCGUUCAUGAAGCUUGUUUCGUGGUAUGACAAUGAGUGGGGUUACAGCAACCGCGUUGUUGACCUGAUUGAGCACAUGGCGUUGGUCUCCUCCAGCAAUUGAGUCUCCGGCUGUGAGGAAUUUCUUCACAGCUGAGAUAGUGCGGAUUUUUCACCUUACGCGAUUUUGGUUUCUCUUCGAGUGAAGGGACAGAAUUUAUAUUUUUUCCAUGAGCAGGUCUCAAAUAAUUUAAUAGAAUGUCUUCUCAUCAAUGGUGGAUACUUCUAUUAAUUCCCUUUUUGUCGUGUGGUUUUGUGGAUGAACAUCUGAAAUGAUAAAAGUAUUUGAGAAUG